UCGGAAACUUCUGUAGUGUGCCAACUGAUAAGUUACCAACGUGAGAGUUUAAGCUACAAUAAUGCGCCUGAAAACAAUUUUAACCGUCUUUUUUGUCAUAUCGUUGACUCUGGUUGCUGGUCAAGAUCGGGACUGUGACGAAUUGGCAAGGAAAUGUGAAUCCUGUGUGAGGCGUCUAAAUAGUUCAAUCGAUCGCGAUUUACCCCUGUUCAAUAAGGAGUGCAGACAAAGGACCGAAUUAUCUUGGCACUGGAGGAACGUCGGACGCUGUGAGCUCUCCAAGCUAAACUGCUUGGGUUGGCAGUCACCCAUGAACUGUGAAGACAUUGCAAUGAGGGCUGGUAUGGAACGCAGGCGUAAUUAAUGAGCAUCCACUAUUGCAUAAAUGAAAUGAUUAAAAAAAACUUAAAGAGAAA